UUGUGGACCCUGUGGCUGUUGCGGCAUCUUGUGGCUGUUUGCGCUUGGCGCCAGGUGCAGGAUACAGUACGCAUGCGCAAUGCAUUUGUCCGCUCUGCUUCGAAAGAGCCAUUUGAACCAGAACCAAACAUGCUGAAAAUAUCAAUCUUGAAGGUGGAAAGUCCUGGCUGCCUCUGGGGUCGGGUUGUCGAGGGCCCUGCUGGUUACGCACAGUCCACAGGGCAAUUCGACCACAUGAUGGCACAAAUGAACCUUUUCUACAGUGACGUUACCCAGGACCAACACAAACUCAGGCUCACAUCUUUUGAGCAGGGACAGAUCUGCGUGGUGUACUGGCCUGCUGUGAAGUCUUGGUGUCGGGCAAAGAUGAAAGCAGUCAUCACAGACUCUGUGUCCAGUCAAGCUCAAUGCUUCCUUGUCGACUAUGGAGAAGAGCGAGUAGUCCCCAUAGACCAGAUUCGAGUGGCUAUGCCAGACUUCCUGCUGCUACCAUUUUGGGUUCGGAGAUUCCACCUUUCAGGAAUAAAACCAACACGACUUCAAGUUUCUAUAAAUGAUGAGAAGGCAAAGAUGAUACCAUCUAGUCACUGGGACAGCUCUGCCACACUUUUCUUGCAUAAUCUCCUUCAAGGCUCAACUCAAACAGAAGCUGUCUUGUAUGAAACAGAAGAUAAUUCAACAUCGAUCCAGCUCUUCCUCAUGUUUGGUACCAUUAAGAUCUGUGUGAAUGACGAACUAGUGGCCAAAAAGUUUGCCUACUACAGCAAAGCCCCAGCAGCAGCAAGUGGUUUGGAUGAGGAAGAUCAAAAGCCUGUAAUGUUAUCCUCCAGCUUCUUAAACCAGGCUGUCAAUCAGACAAAGCCUGUGCCACAGUUUGCCCCACAAUCUCCACCAUCUACAGCAACCUGUACUAUGGGCCCUGUAGAGACAUGCAAUUUGCCAACAAGUGCAUGUGCACCUGAGACUGUAAAUGACAGAAGUAAUGUUGAGGAAGAUUGUUGUCCAGAUGUGACUGAAACAGAACCACUCCUUAACAACCAGUCAGAUACAAGAUCAAUGGCUUGUGCUGCUGAAAGGUUUAGUGACUGCACAGAAGAGACAGACGCCUCUUUGGCUGCAGCUUUGACCAAAAACCUUAGUCUUUUUAAGUUUUUAAAGUUUUUGAACCCACAAAGCACCUUCAAUGAGGCCAGUAGUUUCUUUAAUCGUGUGAACAAACCUGAGAACCCAGAAGACAUGUCUACAGCCACUGAAAACUGCACACUUGAACCCAUACUUGCAAAUGAUGAAGACUUAAGUGUAAGAGGAAAUGAUGACUGCUUACUUGAGCUUAGUCUUAACAAUGAGCCAAAAAGCAGCGGCACCAGUAGUUUGUCUGGGUCUGAAACAGUGGAAAAGGAGAGAUCCUGGAGAAGUGAGGAGCACUGGGCCUGUUCUCGGCUUUUGGAGUGGCUGAACCCGGAUCCCCUAAAUCCUGAUGUUGAGAUAGAAGAGGCAGAGGUUCCACCAGCUUUGAAUCCAGAAAAGGACUUGCACCUAGUUCACUCUGUGUUCCCGCUGCAGCCAUGUCACAGCCUGGACAAUGCUCCCAUCACUGACCAACUUCGCCGGCUCAUACAGAGGAAGCAGCUCUAUUCUAUGUGCCCCGCUGACCGAUACAGCUGGCCGGCUGUGGUUCGUGGAUGUAACACUCUGGUUGUGUCUCCAAAUGCUGAUCAACCAAUCAGCUACCUCCCCCCUCUCCUCACCCAUGUCCUGCUCAACUCCCUCUUCUCCCUCACUUCUAGCACUGGGCCUGUAGUGGUGGUGGUGUGUCCUGGUUGGGAGAAGGCUCAGGCCGUAUUUGACUUUAUGGAGGAGACCAAAGUCAGCCACAUCCUUCACCCCAUGAUUAUCCACGUUGGGGUCAAAGAAGAUGAAGCUAAAACCAUUAAGAUCCCCAAAAACUGCAUGAUCGUAGUGUCCACUCCCUUCAGUUUAGUUCGGGUCUUUUCCCAUCACUGUUUUCUCUUUCUGCGUAUGUACCACCUGGUGCUGGAUGAGGUGGACCAGCUUUUCACCCUGGCCCCAGAGCAGAUGACAAACAUCCUGCAACAUUUCCAGAAAGUGGUCUCCAGUGAGGAUAAGAGAUCGUGUCCACAGCAGAUUGUGGCUGUGUCCAAACGGUGGACCAGUCAGAUGGAGGGUUUAAUAACCAGUCACAUGCCUCAUCCAUCCAUCAUUAUCACUGUCCCUGAGGAGGCUGCUCUCUAUGCAAACAUACAGCAGAUCAUCCUAAUGAGUCCGGAAAGCAGCAAAAUCGAUGUACUUUUGGGCACUUUGGAUUUUAGUCCAGAAGUUGGAUUGAAAACAUUAAUCAUAACCUCCUCUCCUCGGGAAGCGGAUGAUGUGUUUGAAGCUGUGAGCAACAAGUCUGCCUUCUGCAUGAAGUCCCACGAGGGUCUAACACAUGAGUUUGACUUCGUCGUCCAACAGUGGAGGAAAAGCAUUGAUCCUGGCACUCAUGUAAUUCUGGUGACGACCAAUGAGUGUCUGAGAUGCCUGGGGAUCCAUGAUGCAAGUUGUAUCAUCCACUAUGGUUUCCCUUCCUCUCCCAGAAACUUUGGUAGUCGUCUUUUCUCCAUGGUCAAAAACUUCAGAAACCUCACUGAACCCGGAUCUCAAGAUAAAACAGACACUGGCCGUUGCCUUUCCAGAUCUGUGUUGAUCAUCUCCGAAAGAAACGCUCGUCAUGUGGUUGGAGUUUUGCGUUAUUUAGGCCGAACCAGUGCCCCGCUCCCUCCAGAGCUUCUGUCCUUUGCUCAGAGUGUGAAUGUGGCCAGAGAGGACCAGAAAACCAACAGACCUCUCUGCAGCUACUUGAAGAGCUUUGGGACAUGCAGGGACAGCAGCAUGUGUGCCGAUCGUCACUGCUGGAAUCCACAUCUGGAUGAAUCUGAGCUUCCUACAUCUGGAGUCUUAGAGGUAGUGCCUCUCUUAAUAAAGACUGCUUCACUGUUUUAUGGGCGCAUUGUCACAAAAGAGGAAAACAAUUUUGAAAGCAUUUUAGCUGAGAUCACUGCUUUCUACACUGAUAAGAAACAAGGAGCCACUGAGGUGAUAGAAGGGGCUUUGUACGCAGUGCAAGAUGAUGACGUCUUUCACAGGGUGAAGGUCCUGUCUAUCCCUGACAGACGAGACAGACUGUUUUUCAGUGUUUUUGUUGAGUUUAUUGACAUUGGUAAAAGGGAGGAAGUCAAAGCCCAUCAGCUGCUGCAGUUACCGGAGCAGUUCCAGUCUGUCCCAGGUCAAGCUGUGGAGAUCAUUGUGUGUCGAGUGAAACCGUCUGACUCUGAGAAAGACUGGCAUCCAAAGGUCACAAGAGCGAUAAGUCAGAAGGUCAAAGGACUUAAGCACAGAGCUCGAGUAGUUCUAAGUCUGGGAAACACCAUCUUUGUUGACCCCAUGGUACGAGUCUCUCACGUACCAGGCAUGAAAACGGUGAUAAACGAGUACAACCUCCAGUUUGAGAUCCUGAACAGUGGGAUGGCAGAGAGUAACCCGGAGCACAUCAACCUCCUCAAAGCUCUGUGUGAGACUAACAUGAGCAGCAACAAGCUCUCACUGUAUGCGAACGACGUAACCUCUUUGGAAAACCGUAUCCAGGCUGAAGAGGAGGUCCUUGCAAAAGCGUUUGGAACAGGACAAUUCAAGAAUUACAUGGCUGCAGGGGAACCAGUCCAGAUGCUGUGUCCCCUCUCUGUCAUAACCAAACCUGUGGUCCCCUGUCCCCCCACCCCCCCUCCCUCGUCUCUGCCUGUGUCUCUGACCCCUGAGAAACUCCUGAACCAUGCCGAAACGACUGAACUGAAAAUGGCUGAUCUGUCCAGCACUAUCAACUCAGGGACGCAAUGCAUGAGUAGUCAAGAUGGCUCUCUACAGAUCAAUCCAGUUGUUCAAAAUGGCAAGGAAAAAUAUGAAUCUGAUGAACAAUAUUUAGUUGUGUAACUCAUUUGCUUGUGGUUCAGUAUUGUUUUUUACACUUAGGUGUUGCUGAGAAGCAUGAAAUUACCA